CUCACCACCCCACCUUUCCAAUUACAACCAUAUAUGUAUACCACUAAUAUACUCUCACAACAUUGCCAUUUCCAGCAAACAACAUGCCAAAUAUCCCCACUAAACUCCAAUUCCACCGACCCAGCAAUAUGCCUACACUACAACACCUAUAUGCAACAUUAUAUAUACAUCUACAACGACAUAGCAGCCCACCACCGCCCAAAAGCCCCAUCUUCUUCACACAAGCGAAUACACCCAUAAGCGUAUACAUACCAUACACGCAUACCGUACAAUAGCUACGCGUCUUCUUCAACAACCCCGAUAACAUCGCAAAUCUGUCGACAACAAAGUCACUCAAAUUUGUAAUUGCUGUGGAAGUUCAUUUUCCUCGACUCGUCGUUCUCUCUCCGCUGCUCGAGAAUAGGUUUGAAAUCCAGAAGAUCUUCUUUAUCGAGUCAAUCUUAUCAAGGAACCUGGUGCACAUUGAAAAGGAAGUCGGUGAACAGAUUUAUGGAAGCUAAUAAAUAGGGAAAUAUAUAUAUCGGAUACAUGAAAAAGUGGAUGAUAUACGCUCUGUAUAUAUCAGUAUAUAUGUUGAUAUGCAUGUAAAUGUUCCACUGGCUCAAAAACGAGGUAGCUCUAUAAGACAACGUCGUGAGAUAUUUAAAGUAGAGAGAGAAGCUCUUCCUUCUCACUAAAUUCUUAGCACUCACUUUUUACAUUUCACUAAAAGAAAACCUAGCAUAACAGCAGCCCGCCAUGGCCAGAGCCGCCUCCGGUGGGCGAGAACCACCGGAGAAUUUCCCACCUCUACCUACACAAAUCAACCAUGCUACACCUCCACCAUCUACUGACCCAAAUCUCACCCAAUAUGCUACUAUCCUUAAACCAAAAAUCAUUAACCCUGCAGUCCCUAAUGUUCCUCCUAAACCUGUAGUUAUUCUACAUGGAGAACCAAGUAUUACGUGGAAGUCAUCAGAGAUCAAAUUGCUCAUAGUAAAGGAAAAUCUUCAAUAUGCUAUCAUUGGUAAAUUUUCUUAUGGAAAACCAGAUGUGCAGGAAUUGAGAAAAACAAUUCCAGGGCAGUGCGGAAUCAAAAGUGAAUGCACAAUAGGAGUAUUAGAUGCAAGACAUAUUCUUAUCAGACUAACGACGAUGGAAGAUUAUGUUAAUUUAUUAUCAACACCAGCCUUUUAUGUGAAAGCCAAGGAGAAUUAUUGGCAGAUGAGAACUCUGAAGUGGGAUCCGUGGUUUGAAUCUGAGGUAGAAACUACAAUUGGUGUUGCUUGGAUAUCAUUCCCAGAUCUACCGCCAAAUUUUUUUGCAAGAGAAGCAAUUUUUUCAAUAGCAAGAGCAAUUGAAAAACCUCUUACAGUGGACAUGGCAACGAAGAACCAAACAAGGCCUAGUUGUGCAAAGGUGAAAAUAGAAGUGGAUUUAACUGCUAAACUGCCCCAAAGAGUGAAAAUCAAUGAAGAGGAUGAUAAUACGGGUGAAGUAAAGUAUAAGUGGAUUAAAAUACAGUAUGACAACAUGCCAAAAUACUGUAAGGAAUGUUGUUUACAGGGACAUGAUGACAAAACUUGCUGGACUCUACAUCCACAACUAUAUGAUACAAUGAUUGAAGAGAAUAGGAAUUUAGAAAGGAAAGGUGAAACUCAAAAUGUCAUAGGCACAGAAACAAAUUCCAGGAAGAUUUUAACAAGUGGCAAAGUAGUGGGGAAUAAACAUAAUAAACAAGAAUGGAUGGUGAGAAGGAGGAAUAAAUACAAGAAAGAUAAAUAUGGGCAUAUUGAAGGGGAAAUCGACUAUCAAGAUAAGAAUUCCUUUGAUGCUCUAAGGGACAAAGAAGAACAUGAAGAUCAGGGCAAAGAGGAAGACAGAAUAGAAGAAAAUAAAAAUGGUUCCACUAAAGAAUGGGUGAAUAAAACUUUCAACAAGAAGGAGGUCAAAGAGGCAGUAAAUGAUAAGGAACAAGAAGGAAACAAUAAAGAAGGGAUUGUAACACAUCAAAAGAAGGACAACUGUGAAGAAGGGAAUAGUCGACAAGAAUCAAUGCAAAUUGUUAAUAUAGAGGAAUCAAAAGCAGUAGAGGAAAAUAAAGAAGAGGAGGAGAUAAAUAAGGGCACUAUUGUGGUGUAUGAAUUGAACAAUGAACCAUGUCCGCUAGCUAUUGAGAAUGCAACCUCAAAAGAAAGCAAGAAAGGGACCUAUAUAGAUAAAGAUGAUAUAUCCCAGAACAUUGAAAGGAUUAAUGCUGAGGGAGAUUUAUCACCAAAACAUAAGGGAAGAUUGAAGGAGAUGUACACAAAACAAAAGAAACAAAGUGAGGCGGAUAUAAAACAAGCUCAAGCAUCAUCCAGACAGUCGAAGAGAACGAUUGUCAAAAAUCCCAGGUAUCAAUGAAAGCUUUGAUAUGGAAUAUAAGAUCAGUAAACACUCAAAAGGUGUUUACUAGACUGAUUAACCUCCAUAAAAGAAAUCAAUAUUAUUUGGUGGGAUUAAUGGAACCUUUUGAGGAAACACAAAGAUUAGAAGUUUAUAGAAGAAGACUUGGAAUGAAGCAUGCUCUUACUAAUGUCAAUGGGAAGAUUUGGGCAUUUAUUGAUGAAGAGAUGGAACUUGAAAUAAGUAGAGACGAGGAGCAAAUGUUAACUAUUAAGUUAACAAAUCAAAACGGAAAUAUUGAGGUCAUGGUGUCACUAGUUUAUGCUAAAUGCACGCAGGGUGAAAGACUUUUACUAUGGGACUCUAUAUCUGACUUGGCAAAUAUCAUAAGUAUUCCAUGGAUGAUAGGUGGGGACUUUAAUGUGAUUUGUAAUGAGGAAGAGAAAUUGGGGGGAAGGCCAGUUACAGAGGCAGAAGUUAGAGACUUCAAUAAUUGCAUAAAUGUGUGUAAUCUGGAAGAUUGCAACUUUAAGGGAAGUAAGUACACAUGGUGGAAUGGGAGAACUGAGGAGGAGUGUAUAUUCAAAAGGCUAGACAAAGUUCUUACAAAUGAUAAACUACAGGAGGUAUUUCCUAUAAUUGAAGUGGAGCAUCUGAUCAGAAGUGGCUCAGAUCACACUCCGGUGGAAAUAAAUCUCAAAUUCAGCAAAGAGGAGGUGAUUAAGACUUUUAGAUUUCUCAACUUUUGGCUAAAAGAAGAAUCAUUCAUGGAGACAAUUAAGGAGCACUGGAAAGCAGAGUUUGAAGGGGAUCCGUUUGCCUUAUUUCACCACAAACUCAAGAAGACUAAGAAAGCUUUAUCUCAAUGGAGCAAGGAUACAUUUGGAAAUAUUUUUCAGGAAAUAGCUACUAUAGAGGAGAUCAUUAAAGUGCAAGAGGCUCAGUUUGAAGCUAACCCCAAUGGAAGCAAUAGGGAAACUCUUCACCAAACUCAAGCAAAAUUAAAAAAAUAUCUCCAAAGGGAAGAAGAAUUUUGGAAACAAAAAGCGGGCAUGGAAUGGUUUAAAGAAGGAGAAAGAAAUACAAAGUUUUUUCAUACAAUUGUGAGAGGGAGAAGAAGUAGACUCAGAAUUAAUAGAAUUCAGGAUGAGGAUGGGGACUGGUUGGAGCAGUAAGAAGACAUUGCUAACGCAGCAGUGAAAUACUAUGAGAAACAGUUUACCAUGCAAGCAAUAAGUGGUGAUUUUGAGUUGCUUAACGAACUUCCGGAGGUAAUCACUGGAGACAUGAAUGAGGAACUAGAAGCAAUACCAACUAUUAAAGAAGUGAAAAAGGCAGUAAUGGGAUUAAAUGGAAAUAGUGUAGGGGGUCCAGAUGGAAUGACAGGGGCUUUUUUCCAAAGCACAUGGGAAAUAGUUGGAGAGGAUAUAUAUAAUAUGGUCAAGGCCUUUGUGGGUGGAGCAGAGCUACCCAGAUAUGUCACUCAUACGAAUUUAGUCCUAAUUCCUAAGAAAGUGUCGGUUAAUACAUUUUCAGAUUUUCGACCAAUAUCUUUGAGUAACUUUGUCAAUAAGAUUUUCUCAAGAGUCAUACAUGAAAGAAUUAAGAAGGUCCUUCCACAAAUCAUCUCACCGGAGCAGGCUGGCUUUGUACAAGGGAGAAGUAUAGCUGAAAAUAUUCUUUUCGUGCAGGAAAUAAUCUCUGAAAUAAGGAAAAGAGGAAAGCCUUCUAAUAUUGUAAUAAAGCUAGAUAUGAUGAAAGCAUAUGAUAGAUUGGAAUGACUAUUCCUAACCAAGGUACUAAGGAAACUAGGGUUUGGAGAAGUUAUCAUUGACAUAGUGUAUAGACUGAUUAGCUACAAUUGGUACUCAAUCCUGUUGAAUGGACAACCUGUUUCUUUAAAUCUACAAGAGGUGUAAAGCAGGGAGAUCCACUAUCUCCUACUUUAUUCAUUAUAGCUGCUGAAGUUAUGUCCAGAUCAUUAAAUGCUCUCAUAGAAGGAAGGAAUUUAAAAGAUUUGGCAUGCCAAGGGGAAGCUUGAAACUAAAUCACUUGGCUUUUGCAGAUGACAUGAUUAUAUUAUGUAAGGCUGAAGUUGGUACAAUGCAAAUGAUUACAGAAACUCUUGGAAAGUAUGAAGAUAUAUCGGGGCAAAAGGUAAACAAGGACAAAAGUGCUAUCUAUAUGCACCAUAGUGUGUUGGGGGGAGAAGCAAUAGUUGCAGAAGUGGCUACAGGUAUUUUUAGAAAGGAAUUCCCCUUUACUUGUUUGGGUUGUCCUAUUUUCUAUAAAAGAAAGCAGAAAGCUUAUUAUCAUCAAGUAAUUCAGAGGAUUGCUGCAAAACUACAAGGAUGGAAAGGAAAGUUACUUUCGUAUGGAGGUAGGGCAAUUUUGAUCAAACAUGUGCUACAAAGCACCCCUAUACAUUGUUUAUCUGUAAUGAACCCUCCAAGGAAUGUGUUAAAUCAAGUACAAAGUAUGAUGGCCCAAUUUUUCUGGAGUAGCUGUAUAGGGGGAAGAGGAAAACACUGGAGUAAAUGGAUUAACUUAUGUUUGCCAGAGAAGGAAGGAGGAUUAGGCUUCAGAUUAAUGCAUGAUGUAUCUAUGGCCCUAUUUUGUAAACUAUGGUGGAACUUUAGAACUAAAAAGACUUUAUGGAGUGAAUACAUGCAUAACAAAUAUUGUAGAAAUAAUAGUCCUAAUUUGAUCAUGUGGAAAAUUGGGAAUGGGGGAUCACAAGUAUGGAAAAAGAUGCUACAAGCUAGAGACUUAAUUGAACACCAGAUUCUAUGGAUUCCAAAAAAGGGAUCAGUUUCCCUAUGGCAUGAUAAUUGGACUGGGCUGGGAGAUAUCUACACCAUAACAAGGGGUGAAGUUGAAUGAGAUUACAGAUAUGAGAAUGUUGAAGACAUUACUAUACAAGGAGAAUGGGAUACUGCAGUAAUGGGAAAUAUUUUCCCUCUAGAGUUGGUUGAACACAUAGUAAAUCAUAUAAAACCACCAAGAGGGAAUGUAGAGAAAGAUCAAUCAAUAUGGAUGCUGGAAACAAAAGGGAAUUUUACAGUUAAAUUAGCAUGGAACUACAUAAGACACAAGGAGGAUCAGAAUAGAAUUUAUAAAUGGAUGUGGACUAAGGGAAUACCUUUCAAAAUGUCAUUCUUGAGUUGGAGGAUGUGGAAAUUUAAAAUUUCUGUGGAUGAUAGGUUGAGGAGAUGGGGUUUAGAAGGGCCAUCUAGAUGUUGGUGUUGUGAACAACCAGAUCAGGAAACAAUGGCACAUGUAUUCCGAAAAUCUGACUUUGCUAACAGGACAUGGUCUUAUGUUUGUUCUUUUGCAGGCUUUAAUAUUGAAGGACUACCUCUAAGGGAAGUUAUAAUGAUAUGGUGGGGAGCAAAAAUCAGAUCAAGCAUGAAACCUUAUUAUAGAGCAACUCCAGGCUUUGUAAUUUGGGAAUUAUGGAAAAGGAGAAAUAAAAGAAAACAUGAAGGGAAAAAUACCUCUCUAGCAAAGGUUAUUCACAAUAUUACCAACAAUAUGUACAUGUUUAUUAAUAUCAGAAGACCAACAAUGCAGAUACCAAGAAGUUGGGCAGGGAUAUUACAAGAACUACAGAAAGAGACCAUGCAAAUAGAGGUGAUUAAGGUGAAAUGGGAACCUCCACCAGAGGGAUGGAUAAAAUACAACACAGAUGGUGCUUCUAAGGGAAAUCCAGGGGGAAGCUCGUAUGCUUUUUGCGUAAGAGAUAAUAAGGGGGACAUUAUCUAUGCAGAGGGUAAUAAUAUUGAAGAUACUACUAGCACUGUAUCAGAAGCCAAAGCAAUACUAGCAGCAAGUAUUCAUUGCAAACAAUCACAAUUCCAGCAAGUAAUUAUCCAAACAGACUCAAUGCUAAUGCACAAGAUACUAUAAGGGGAAUGGAAAAGUCCUUGGAUAAUAAAUGACAUUGUAGAAGAAAUCAAAGCAUGCUUACAAGGAAGACAUUGUCAGUUUCAGCAUAUCAUGAGGGAGGGAAAUCAGCUGGCAGACUACCUAGCUAACAUUGCUUUAGAAAAGGGAAAUUGCAAAUAUGGAGAUUUCAGCAGCCUAGAGAUAAAAGGAAGGGGAAUAAUAAACAGCGAUAAGUUAAACAUCCCAUAUUUAAGAGUUGCUCCAUUGAGGAGAUAAGGGGGCAGCACUACUUCAGGGCCAUUUACUGUAGAUAGAAUGGUUGAGUUAUUUGAGUCUUUGAAAGAGAAUCCACAUGAUCAUAAUGAAAAUGCUACUGUUGUCCACAUGGUUACUGUGGAGGUUGAUGAUGAUGAGGAAUUGGAGGAGCAGCAACACCACAAUUGCAGCAAGUUGUUCAAAGACAGAUCAACAACCACAGCAACUUGGGAAAAUACAGAGCCACAGCAGGCUGUAUGUACUUCAACUUAUAGGUUGCAGCUUACAUGUAUUUGGAAUUGCAGGAAAAUGCAGCACAUCCAAAGCUGCAGGUUCCUGGACAACAAUACAAAUGCUUCAACAUGCAAAUUCCAAUACCAAAACAAGAGGAGGAGCAAUAAUCACAGCAGCUGAUUCACAGCACCUU